AUGGAGCAACAACCUCAAAUGCCACCAUCAGCAAAUGGCAUCAAUCAGCAAGUCAAACCACACCCUUCUCAAACACAACAUAUAUCCCCAAGUGUCAAUGGAGGUGUGAUGGAUGGUUUACCACCGGGAUCAGGUCAAGCUUUUGUUCAACCAGCACACCCUCACGUCCAUUAUCAUCAUGUUGAUCCAAAUAUGCAAAGAAAACAAGUGAUCCCUCCACAAGUAAUAACCCAAACAGGAACACAAAUGCCAUCUUACUAUUAUCCACAACAACCAUAUUAUGCUGUACCUGGACAACCAUAUGGUAUGUCACCACAAUCAUUUCCAUAUGCACCUUAUGGUUAUCAAUAUCCAUAUGGUGCACAAACAGCAUAUCCACCAUAUCCACACCAAGGACACCAACCUCAUACAGUUCCUCCUAUCCCUAAUCAACCUCAAGUUACACAAGUUGUUGCUAAACCUGCAACACCAUCAACCACUCCUAAACAGAAAAAAAAGAAAUCUAAACCUGUUAACCAAUCUAAUGCUAUUUUCCCUAGUCAAUCUAAAUCGAUAUGUCCAACUGAUUCAUUCAAUGUUGGAAGAAAGAAUGAAAUUCUCUAUUUGGUGGAGGGGUUUACAAUGGAUAGAGUUUUACAAAAUAUUAAUGUGCAUAUCCAAUCAGGAAAUGAGGUCACUAUAUCAGAAAAGCAAGUUUUGAAAAUAGAUAUUUCAUCCCUGGAAGGAAAGGCCCUCAAAAUUCAAAUUUAUAUUUGUCAGCUCAAUGUGGACAAAAUUCAAGACACAACAAUACCAUUACAUUUAUUUAUGGAAUAUCCAGUCAAUAGUGAAGAAUUAGAAUUCCAAGAUUUAUCGUUUACUUACCAACCAAAUCUCUCCAACGCAAGAUCUCUCUAUUUUUUGAGAUUUGUCCUUUUGGAAACUGUGGAUAAGGUUGAUAAGGUUGUAAAUUUCUGUGACAGCUGUAAUUUUAUGAUAGUAUCUCCAAGUAACAAGAAGAAGAAGAGUACUUCUUCACAACCAACACCUACAAUUCAGCACAAUACUACUAUACCGCCUGCUACUUCGACAACACCAACACUUCCUUCUCUCCCUCAAAAUAAUGUUUCAUCCUUAACAAAACCCCCAUCUAAGGGAGGUGAGGCCCCAACUGUAGAAUUCUUGAAGCGAUUAAUUUCCACAGCGCCUAAAAAAGAACAUUUGAGCCAUUGGAAUAAUUUCAUGGUUACUCUUGAUCAAUUGAAUGUGUAUGAUGGAAACUUUUUAAAGAAAGCUGAGGACAUUUCUGACAGCAUCAAGAGGGGAGGAAGAUUCUCUGUAUAUCCUUGCAUUGAGCAAUGCUGCCCUUCUUUUGGACCAAUCAGAGGAGGAAUACAAGUUAGCAUUAACGUGAAAGAUUUAGAUGUUUAUGAUGAAGAUGAUUUAUCAAUUUUUAUUGAUGAUAUCAAGAUUUCAAAGAAGGAUAUCACUUCUAUACGACCAACUAAAAUAGAAUUUUAUUUACCUGCACUGAAAGGAUCACGUAUUCCAGGCCAAGUAGAUGUUUCUAUUUCUGUAGAUAAUGGAUUUGAAUGCUAUUCUCAUGUAUUGUACAAUUCUUUUGAAUACGUCCUUGAUGAGGAAUUUGAAAAGAGGAAGGGUACUAUUCCUAUGAAGGAAAGAUCAGCUACUGGUCUUGUACAAGUUGUUACUAUCAAGCCAAUCAAUGGUACAGCAGAAACUAAUGAAGAAGAAUACGGAGAUAUCAACGAAAAAAUGGAUAUCUAUAAUGGAGAAUCUUGUCAAUACAGUUCAUGUAUCCACUUUGAACGUGGAUAUUUGGAUAGCUCAAAGUUAGAUCCAAAACAAAGGUUCAUGUGGGUUCUUCGCAGAGCUGAUUCUGAGAGUCUCUAUGGUUCUCAAGUUGCUAAUGAAGAUCACGCAGGUGUAAUAUUGAGAGGUGAAGCGAUACUUAACAAGACAAAGAUGGCAGACAUUUUGGAAAUGUGUUUUGAAAUUGAUAGAAGAAUAUCAAGUGAAAAGCUUGGAGUUGCAAUGAGUUUGCAACUUUUUGAUAGAGAGACAAAGAAAUACCUGUAUACAUCUAAGGCACUUCACAUUCUUACCAGACCACCAAAGCCAGUCCAAUACAGCAGUUUCAAUGAAGACGAACGUGUUCUUCAACUUUUAGAUAAGAUCAAAACAAGAAAGAGAAGACGUGGCAGAAAUGCUAUUGCCUUUGAUCCUAACUUGAACUCCCUAGGCCAGCCAAUGACACAUGCACUCUGCCUUUCAGAUAAUGAAGUUGAAAUUCAAAAAUCAUUCCAACAAUUCCAUUUGGAAGUGAAUGACCAAUUUUCCAGAAGUCCUUUCCACUUGGCUUUUGCUGCAGGAAAUUUGAAUGCUGUAAAAUUCUUUAUGGAAAAGAUUGCAGUCUCUCCUCACAUUUAUUUAUUCCAGAGAGAUUGUUAUAAUCAAACACCUUUCCAUCUUGCGUUCAAGUUUUACAGGACUAAAUUCCUGGUUGAGUGUUGCGCAUUCCUUAAAGAAAAACUUGAUAAGUCAACAAAUAGGAAUGAAAAUUCUCAAAAUGUUGAUAUCUCUCCAACUGUCCAACAGAAACAAGAUAAAAAGAGAAAAACACCUUCAUCAUCCAAUGAAACAACCAAACGAACCAAAGUUGAAGUCAUCAGUUCCUCUGACGAUGAGGAAGAAACCAGUCUCCACCUGCAAGAUGAUGAAUAA